UUGUCUGGCAACAGGAUCGUCUGAUUUGUUUACAAACUUUCGUGUUUUUAAAAUUGAAUGGUUACUCUAUUAAAUUUUAAAAUUGUGUAGAAUUUUCAAAAGAUCAUGACAAGUAAAAGGAAAGCUACGGAUAGCCAAGGGCCAAAUAGUGAUUUUUGCGAUUUUCUUUCAGAGCUUGCUGAUUAUGAAAGAAAUGUCAACAGAAAUAUUCAUAAGUAUAAUGCUUAUCGUACAGCAGCUAGUUCUCUUUCAAAGCAUCCAGUUAGAAUUAAGAGUGGCAAAGAAGCUAGAGAGUUGAAAGGAGUUGGAGAAAAAAUUGCUGAUAAAAUAGAUGAAUUUAUCUCCAGUGGGAAGCUUCGAAAAUUAGAAGAGAUCAGGAAGGAUGAUACUAGUCAAGCUAUAACCUUACUGACGAAAAUUUCUGGUAUUGGACCUGCUGCAGCACAGAAAUUAGUUAAAGAAGGAAUAAUGAAUAUUGAAGAUUUAAAGAAAAACACAGAAAAACUUAAUCAUCACCAGAAAAUUGGCUUAAAAUAUUUUGAAGAUUUUGAGAAAAAAAUUCCUCGUGAAGAAAUGGAAGUUUUAGAAAAAAAAAUCAUAGAACUUUGCAAACAAGCUGAUAAAGACUAUCUUGUUACCAUAUGUGGGAGCUAUCGGAGAGGCUUAAAAGAAAGUGGGGAUAUAGAUGUUCUUGUUACUCACCCUAGCUACUCAUCUACUGAUCCUAAAAAACCUAAACUUUUAAAGGAAAUCAUUGAAAAAAUGGAGAAGGCUCAAUUUGUUAAAGAAACAUUAUCUUUGGGUGAUGCAAAGUUUAUGGGUGUUUGUUGCCUGCAAGACGACUAUCCAUUUCGAAGAAUAGACAUAAGAAUUUUUCCUAAUGAUCAAUAUUUUUGUGCUACACUCUAUUUUACGGGAAGCAAUCUAUUCAACCAACAAAUGAGAAGUCAUGCAAUUGAAAAAGGAUUUACAUUAAAUGAAUAUUGCAUUCGACCAAUCGGGAGCAGAGGUAAUCCAGGAGAAUCUCUACCUGUGUCUUCAGAAAAAGAAAUAUUUGAAUACAUUGACUACCCUUAUAAAGAACCACAUGAAAGAAACAUUUAGAAUUAUAAUAAAAAGAGAAAAAAGUUUUAAUAAAAGAACAAUUUUCUUAUUGCAUUACGCCAUGAUUUUUUUAUUUUUAAUUUACUCUAUUUUCAGUUCAUAUUUUAAUGAAAAUAUAUAUUUUAUAGUGAUAAGAGAUUAUUCUUUUCUAUAAUACAUUAUGUUAAAAAAAAUAUUUUUACUUUAAGGAAUUAUCUAUUUAUUUACUGUAAGCUGAAGCAUGAAAUCUAUUUACUAUAACUUAUUGUGUUUUAUAAAAAUGCAUUUUGUUUAAGGGGUUGUCCACCAUUGUGUUGUAAAAAGUUGAGACUUGAUAUUCCUUUAUUUUAUUGUGAACAAAAAUGCUAUCAUCUUUAAGAAUUAUGCAUUUAUUUACUCUAGCAUGACAUUUCUUUACUAUAACUUUAUGUAUUACAAAAAUGUGUUUGUAAUAAGGAAUUACUUAUUUGUUAUAAUAAGCGAGAGCUUGAUAAUUCUGUUAUGUUAUGUUUUUCAAAAUAAAUUUUGAGACCAUAAAACUGAUGCUAAUUUCCCCAUGUUGCUUUAAACCUUAAAUUUUAUAACCAUUACAUUAAAAAUGCUCUAGAGAUUUGCAAUGCAUUUAAUUCUAUUUUAACAUCAUAUAUGAUUUAGAUAAAGAUAAUCUUAAACAACUUUGUUUGGUUAAACUUACCUUUUCAUAACUUCCAUUUUUUCAAGCAAACAUUAGAAUUAUUAAAUUUUUAAUCUUUGAAAGCU